AUGGCAUGUUGCAAAAGUUUAGUUGCUCUACUUGUUUUACUUCUUCAAUCAUUUACUCCACCUGUUCUAACUGAAGCCACUAAAACUACAUCUUUACCUUUGGCAAACACUACUCGAGACAAAGUGAGAUGUGUUAAGCGUGAGAGGAAUGCCCUAUUAACAUUCAAGCAAAGUCUAACAGAUCCCUCGGGCCGACUGGCUUCUUGGGUUGGCUCUGAGUGUUGUAUCUGGAAAGGUGUUUAUUGUGACAUCCAAACUGGUAAUGUCAUCAGGCUUGAUCUCAACGAUAGAUCAGACAAUUGCUAUUGGAAGAAAAUGGACUCCUUGACUACAGGCAACUCAUCAUGCUUGGGUGGCAACAUAAGUCCUGCUUUACUCGAAUUGCAUUACUUGGAGUAUUUAGACCUUGGUGGCAAUGACUUCAAAGGACUUGCCACUCCCACUUUCUUGGGUUCUCUUGAAAACUUACGAUAUCUUAACCUCACCCUUUCAUCUCUUAUUGGUGUUCCUCCUUCCCUUGGAAAUCUAUCAAAUUUGGAGUAUCUAAGCCUCCAUGCGUAUGCUUAUCCUUAUGAUACUGUUGAAAGGGGUUGGGUCAAAGAUCUGAGUUGGGUUUCCAGUCUAUCUUCUUUGAGGUAUCUUCAUCUUUCUCAUGUGAACCUUUCUUUGGCGAAACACUGGCUCGAGUCUUUUAAUAAGCUGCAGUCAUUAGAGAUUCUGGAUUCACAAAACAGUAGUCUUCGCUAUCUCCCUUACUCCUUACCCAAGUGGAAUAUGACUUCCCUUUCUUAUCUCUACCUUUCGGGCAAUAACUUUGAUAAUCCUGUGUUGCCUAAAUGGUUUUCCAAUGCCACCACUAUUGAGGAGCUUGAUAUUGGAUACAACAAUAUUAAAGGCCCAAUAUCAAGUAUCGAAUGGGGUAAACUCUGUAAUCUGCGGGAGUUGAGGAUAAUGCAUAACAAAAUAAAUGGAGACAUAAGUCAAGUGAUAGAAGGGUUGUCCAGCUGCAGCAACAAAACCAUAGAAGUCUUAGGUCUACGCAGUAACGAGAUGACAGGGGAAUUGCCAAACUCAUUAGGAAAUUUGAAGAAAUUAAGGAUCUUUAGUAUUUGUAUGAACAUGAUUACUGGCACGAUUCCAACAACUAUUGAGCAUCUAUCAGGUUUACAAACGUUGGACUUGGGAGAGAAUCAAUUAAAGGGGGACUUACCUGAGAGUAUUUUUAGUUUUUCUGACUUAAUCGAGUUGCGCAUCUCAACAAAUGCUUUAGAAGGCAAUCUUUCAGAAAAUCACUUUGCAAGACUCCAUCAACUGAAAGUGUUAACCUUGUCAUGUUUAGGAAAUUUUGUGGUCAACUUGAGUAGUGAAUGGAUUCCUCCAUUUAGCCUCAUACAUGUCGAGCUUAGAGCAUGUGGUUUAGGACCCAAGUUCCCGUCAUGGCUGGAAACUCAAAAGCAACUUCGGAUCGUUAUUCUCUCCAAUAGUUCCAUUUCAGAUCCUAUACCUCCUUGGCUUUGGGUGAUGUGUUCACAAUUGCAUUGGCUCGAUCUAUCAGGUAAUCAAAUUGGUGGAACUCUUCCGAGGCUAGUAAAUUUUCCAACGUCCUUUGACAGCACAGUGGAAUUCUUUGUUAGUUACAGAUAUGGUGUCGUGGUGGACCUAAGUUCCAAUCGCUUCCAUGGUUUGUUACCUCUUUGGCCAAACGUGACACAUUUGAAUCUUGCUAACAACUUGUUUUCAGGAUCUAUACCCUUAAACAUUGGUCAUGUUAUGACAAAACUCCAGGUCUUGGAUCUUUCUGGAAAUGCUUUUACAGGAUCUAUACCAUAUUCAAUAACAAGAGCGAAGCAGCUGUUGAGAUUGGACCUUUCAGACAAUCAUUUGUCUGGAAAGAUCCCUGAUUGGUGGUAUAGUUUGCAUCAACUCCAGGUCAUAGAUUUGUCAGGGAAUAAUCUUUCAGGCCGUAUUCCUCCUUCAAUAUGUUCACCACCUUCACUUUUUUGGUUGAGAUUGAGUAGCAAUAACCUUUCUGGAGAAGUUCCAAAUUCAUUGCGCAAUUGCAGAAACUUGCUUGCACUUGAUAUUGGAGGGAACAAAAUCAAUGGCACCAUACCCAAGUGGUUCGCAGAAAGUCUCUUAUCUUUGCAAAUGCUUAGAAUGACGGACAACAAAAUUGGUGGACACAUUCCAACACAGCUAUGCCAUCUUCCUAACCUUCAACUUCUCUAUCUUUCACGCAACAAUUUGAUAGGUUCUAUCCCUUCCUGCCUGGGAAGUUUGAAACUUCUGAAGUCCGUGAAAUCUUACAAGUGGGUUCCCAAUUACUACUACUUCAAUUAUGUUUUUACAUCCAAGAUGGAGUUGAUUAAGAAAGGAACAAAGAUGACAUACACCUUUACCUUAGAGCAAGUGAACCUUAUUGAUCUUUCCUGCAACAAUCUUAUUGGUGAAAUCCCGAGUGAGAUUACAAAUCUCUCAGCGUUGGGCACUCUGAAUUUAUCUUGGAACCAAUUGUCAGGAAGAAUUCCAGAGGACAUAGGGAGGAUGCAGAUAUUGGAGACACUAGACCUUUCCUCUAACCAUCUCUCAGGUUCUAUCCCGUUAAGUAUGGCAUCCAUCACUUCAUUGAGCCACCUUAACUUGUCACAUAACAACCUUCAUGGCCCAAUCCCAACAACAAACCAAUUUGCAACCUUUACUGAUCCUUCAUGUUUCGAAGGUAAUCCAGAACUUUGUGGGAAACCAUUGAUGAAGGAUUGCCCUCAAGCCAAGAAAAAUGAAACGGAUAGGAAAUUUGAAGAAGAUGAUGAUGAGCAAGAAAUAAGGCUAUUUUUCUUAAUGGGCGCGGGAGUGGGAUUUGUUUUAUCAUUUUUGGUGACAUUUAUCAGCUUGAUGAAAAAGAAGUCGUGGGCAUACUGGUGCUUCCAUGUCAUGGAGGAAGUUGGAGAAAGAAUUAUCAUGUGCUUUUUGGCCUUCGUGACUUGCUUGAACAGGAUUUUUAGCAUCAGAAGGAUCCGUAGUAUUUAUUAA